AUGAACGAAUCUGUGGUACCUAAAUCGCCUAAAAAACGUCGUGCCAGACAUCGUUAUCGUCGACGUUCAUCCGGCAAAGAGAUUUCGGCGCGUGCUAAACCUCCCGCUUCUAAAACACCCGCAAAGGCACAAACAUCGUCCCCGGCAAGGGAACAAGCCGUCGAAGCGGAACGAGAGCGGAAAGCACGAAAGUCGAAACUUGAUCCCACAUUUGUCCAGGAAGAGCGUGAGGUAAUAGCAUCGCUUGAGCGAUUAAAUGUGACAACGACUGAAGUUACCGGUGAAAACUCAAAACCAUUGCUGCAUGAGACCGAUCGAGCGAUUCUCUUCUUCACCGAUACUCUACCGGAUGAAGAAUUUUUUGACGCCGAAGAUACAGUGCUGCCGCUUGAAUCUAGCGCAGCUGAAGUACACAAGCAGUCACCUUCGCCCCGAUCUUCGUCUUCCAAUGAAGCGGACACACCUACCCUGCUUGCAUCGUCGUACUUUCACGCCGAAGAAGGAACACCGGUGGUUGUACCGUGGAAAAGCCAAAAGUAUACCUUUUGUGACGAGGAUCUGUUGUACUAUCAACCCGCACGCACACUACCCGAAUCCCGAGCCGCACUGGAGGAGAUUUGUGUAAUUGAUCCUAACGACGCACAGGGCGAUGAGAAGGAUGGAACGGGACCAUCUCUACCGGUCGACAAACCAAGCGUCAGUUUGUCCAACAAGAACCGAUUGAUGAAUCGUUUGCUGGAAGAGGAACAAGAGGAAUGGUUUGACGCUACAGGAGAGUUGGUCGAUUUCCGGUGCUUUCUUGAGACCAAAGCCCGCGUGCGUGGAUUUUGCAGCAAAACGUUUGUUCCGUUCUUUGUAGAACCGAUACCACUGGCGAAAACGCUGGACCGAUUGCCGAUGGAACGGACGGUGAAAAUUCUGAUCGGCAGAGUACAUUUCGAUGCCCAUCCGUCCUUCGAGGAAGUGGUGCGUGUGCGUUUGCGGCUCGAGGAACUGUACAAGCAGUACUAUCGCAUACGAAAGCUCAACCGGAAAGAGAUUUUACAGACUAAACUGAACGAGCUUCGGGCACGUGGUGCGGACGAGGCGGAGUUGAACGAGCAAGAGGAUGUACCAAUCGAUUCGUUUGCGAUGAAAAUGGCUCGUCGAGAGUAUAGAAAUCUUUUGUACCAAGAGAUACGUACCGAGCGCUUGCUAGCGAAGCAAAUUAUGGAACUUUGGGAAGAACUGAAAUCGAAACACCAGGGAGAGUGUGGUUUGAAGAUGUCGGUUAACAGUCAGGAUACGGAUGAAGAGCGUGAUGGUAGUGAAUGGCAGGAACGGUACGAGCUAGAGCUGCGCGAAACGCUCGAAGAAGAACACGAACUGUAUCUGCGUGAUAAGCAAGAGUACAAAGCAUAUCUGCGUGAUCUAGCACUGGAACAACAACCGGACACUACCGAUACAGUCCCAUCAAUGCAGAAACCUAGAAAACCGGACACUGCGAAGAUAAAAAGAGAGUUCCGACUGCUGUUUGAUGAGACAUUCCGUGCUCCGGGCGAACCUCUGGUACACAUUGUCUUACGGCGGGAUCGGGACAGUGUUACCUCCGACCAAUGUGGACAUCAAACGGGACGGGAUUUACUGUUUAAAAUGAAGCUGUUCAUCGAUGGAAACCAUGUAGCGUCCACCAAGGCACGACACUUUCAACCGGACGAUCGCACAAUGAUCGAUUUCAACACAUCCUUUUCCAUCAAGCUAACGACGAAAAUUCCUGAAACGAUCGCGCUGCAUCUGUACGAGAAGAAUCGUAUGAUGAUGAAAAGCUUGCGAGCAGAGAUUUUUCUUCCUCUGCCCAGUACGGAAGAGCUGUACGAGGAUGUGGAAUUGGUAGACUAUCAGUUCUCAUCUGGCAAACCGUACUCGGCUCAAACUUACACCAAUGGUACGGUAGAGCUGCGGAUUGGUUGGUUGGAACCAUCCGAUGGAACAUUUCCAAGCCCGAGCCAACGUCGCACACUACCGAAGCGUGUCAUCAUACCGAAGGAACUGUUGCGUCGCUGGAUCGACGAUCGAGCUUUGGAAAGUGAAGACCAACCGGAGGCCGAUACGGAUGCGGCUCUCAUGUGUGCCUUGAGAGAGGGAGAUGGAGCAGCAGUGAUCGCACCCGAUCGCGAUCGACGCCCUUCGAAGGAUUCAAUCCCGGCGGAAUCAGACGAAUCCGAGUUUCAUUUCAACGAAGAUAAGCUCGCCUUUUGUUCCGCAGAAACUAUAGAACGGAACGAACGGCUAAUCUUGUUGAGCAAACGGUUCCAGCGAAGCCUUAAAUAUCGGGACACUAAAUUUAUUCCUCAAACUGAGCGCGAGCUAGCGUUCGCGGUUUCCUCCAAGGAGGAUGAGGAACAGAUGAAAAUCAUCGACGAAACGCUCGGUACGGAUCCGAUCGAUCUACAGCGCCAUCGGGGCAAACGGUACCUGCAGCGGGUGUAUGACAUCAUCAGCAAUCACUGUCGCGUGCUCAACCAGGACAAGGUGAACAAUGCUAAUCUGCUCGUUGGAGGCGAUCAGGUACCAUCGUUCGGAUCGCUUAGUCUAGCAUUUUUGGAGAUAUUCGGUCCACGGCGUCCGUUGAAACCGUCUCGCCGUUCGCCUAACAGUCGUGCAUCGGUACGGGUGAGCGACGUGACGCGCUUCAAGAUCAUUGUCACGAUCGUGCGUGCAUUCGGUAUACCGAUGCGGAUGGAAGAUUACCAGAGUGGAUCGAUUGGACGGCGGAAUAGUAAUAUGUCGUCUUCGAAUGGAAGAUUCUCUUUCCGCACGUCAAACGUACGGCCGUACAUAGCGGUAUCGUUGAAGGAUCGUAUUUUUCGCACUUCAACCGCUGACGGAACGGCCCCGACCUGGAACGAACAGCUGGAGAUACCGCUAGACUGCAGCACGGAUCAGAUACGGAAGCAUUUGCACAUCGAUCUGUACGACGAGUACAUGGAAGAUCUGCUGGAUGAUGAUCGUACGCGGCCAACCGAAGUGUACCAACGUAUUUCAAGUCGGUGGCUGGGACAGCUACGCAUUCCGAUCAGCACGAUCUAUCUGAAUCAAAGGUUGGAAGGAACGUUUGAGAUAAAGACUCCCCCCAUCCUGUUCGGUUACGAUCGACAGAUGCAGGAUGCUCAGGGUGGAGAAAUUGUGGACAGUUACGGCAACCCCAUCGGGCUUAUUGGCAGUGCGACCAAUAGCGGUCUUCCGGAUAUGCGUGAACUAACUCACGUGACACUAUUCAUCAGCCUGGAACCAUUGAUUGAACGUCCGUCCCUUGAUACCGGGAGCUUGGAAUGUGUGGAACUGGAACGGAUAAGGUCUCGUAUCUAUCUGUGGUACGAAGAGUAUCGGCACGAGUUUCCGGCACGUGCAAUCGUGCCACCCAUGGUAACGUUGCUGGGUGGCAAGCGAAUCUGUGCCACGCGAUUGCUUGGUCCACUACCGAUACCGUUUUCAAUUGACGAGCUGACAGAAAGUAUGAUCCGGCGUUAUGUUUCGCUUAUUCCCAUCCACUACAGUGUGGAUCCGUGCUCGCAACUAAACGGAAUAUGGCUCACCAACAAGGAAAUUCUUACGAUGAUGUGCGCCUCACCGAAAGAUCUGGGUGUGCUGCUGGCCUGUUUCUACCUUCAACUUGGCUACGAAGUGUGGCUCAUCUUCGGAAACAGUGUACUCAUGGGUGACACAACCUUUGUGCUGCUGCAAGAGGGAGGUGAAUUCUUCAUCAUCGAUCCUUGCAGUGGCAAGAAGUACAGCUCCACCGAUACUUACUGCCCGCUGAACCGAAUCUAUCUAAUCGUGGGACAAUGCAACGUAUGGGGCAACAUUCAGAAGGAGAACCGAGUGUUUCUCACGCAGCUUGAUGUGCGCAAAUCCGGAUACUGGCGGGCGUUAUUCAAUCGCUUCCACGAACCACCGACAGGAUGCGUGCAGGAGAUUGCAUUUCCUUUUAGGGAGGCUCUGCCAGCGAAAGAGCUGCAGCGUGCAAUCGAGCGGAAGCUAAUGCGUAAGAUCGCAUCAUGGCGUACGCAUCGGAAGACGGUGUGGAAUCGCUACAUCAGUGACCAUCUUCGAAGCACGCUGAUAAGUUUGGAUCGAGAUACUUGCUUGGAAACGAGCACGGAACGGCACGGUGAAACGUUUAGUCAAAUGUUCAUAUCGUACAAGGUGAACGGUUUCCCUAUUAACUUGCCGUACAACAAUCUGUCUACCAUUGUGGCGCAUGUGAAGGGUACUGGGAUACAUCUGAACUCGGAGGCAACGGUGGAGUUUGGUCUUGGCGUUUACAUUAAGGAUUAUCCGUGCAACGUUUACUCGGUGUGGAUAUUUCUUAUGUCACUUGUGCCGAGGGCUUAA